AUGGACGCCGACGUGGAGAGGGAGAGGAUUGCACAGGAAAUCCGGGAGCUGGAGAGGAUCCUGGACCCUGGCUCCUCCGGCGGCGUGGGGCUCUCAGAGUCGAGUCUGGGCUCGGAUUCUGGUGCUGAUUCACUGUGCAGUGAGGACCUCGACUCCCCUGGGCCCCUGACCUUGGAAGAAGAAAGGUCAGGUGAGGCCAGCAACGAGGAGGAAGACCGGAAGGACAGGAACCUCCCCGAGGACCCUGAGACCUGUCUGCAACUGAACAUGGUCUACCAGGAAGUUGUGCAAGAGAAGCUUGCAGAGCUGAACCUUCUGCUGGCCCAGAACCGUGCACAGCAGGAGGAGCUCACUUGCGGUCUGGCUGGCUCCAAAGGCCCAAAGGAGAAGAGCAGAAAGAGCCUCCCACCUCACAUGUACAUCGGGCAUUUUAUGAAGCCCUACUUCAAGGACAAGGUCACUGGUGUGGGACCCCCAGCCAACGAGGACAUGCGGGAAAAGGCAGCCCAGGGCGUCAAGUCCUUCGAGGAGCUCCUGGUGACCAAGUGGAAGAGCUGGGAGAAGACCCUGCUCAGGAAAUCCGUGAUGAGUGACCGUCUGCAGCGUCUGCUUCAGCCAAAACUGCUUAAGCAGGAGUACUUACAGCAGAAGCAGAGCCGCGUCACCAGCAAAAUGGAGAAGAAGGUCCUAGAGAAACAGGUCCGAGACACAGAGAAGGAGAUUGAGGACAUCCACCAGCUCCCGGAAGAGGUUCUUUUGGGCAACCGACUGGACAGCCACGACUGGGAGAAAAUUUCCAACGUGAACUUUGAAGGCGGCCGCAGUGCAGAGGAGAUCCGAAAGUUCUGGCAGAAUUGCGAGCACCCGAGCAUCAACAAGCAGGAGUGGAGCCGAGAGGAAGUGGAGCAGCUGAAGAUAGUGUCAGCCCAGCAUGGCCACCUGGGGUGGCAGAAGAUCGCCGACGAGCUGGGGACCCAGCGCAGCGCCUUCCAGUGCCUGCAGAAGUUCCAGCAGCACAACCAGGACCUGAAGCGGAAGGAGUGGACGGAGGAGGAGGACAGCAUGCUCACGCAGCUGGUGCAGGAGAUGCGCGUGGGCAGCCACAUCCCCUACCGCAGAAUUGUCUACUACAUGGAAGGGCGGGACUCCAUGCAGCUCAUCUACCGCUGGACCAAGAGCCUGGACCCCCGCCUUAGGAAGGGCUGCUGGGCCCCCGAGGAGGACGCUAAGCUGCUUCAGGCUGUCGCCAAACAUGGGGCCCACGACUGGUUUAAGAUCCGGGAGGAGGUGCCAGGCCGCAGUGAUGCCCAGUGCCGGGACCGAUACCUGAGAAGGUUGCACUUCAGCCUCAAGAAGGGACGAUGGAACCCGAAGGAAGAGGAAAAGCUGAUCGAACUGAUAGAGAAGUACGGGGCUGGUCAUUGGGCAAAAAUCGCCGCAGAGCUGCCCCACCGGACAGGCUCCCAGUGUCUGAGCAAAUGGAAGAUCAUGGUGAGGAAGCAGCAGCGUCGCCAGCAGAGGCGGCGAAGGCCCCGGCGCUGUGUGCAGUGGAGCUCCAGCAGUGAGGACAGCGGGGACAGUCGGGAUGGGGACAGCAGCAGCAGCGAGGAUGCAGAGACAGAGUCGGAGGACAGCCUGCCGGUCAGGCGGGGAGGCAGAGCCCUGCCGUCGACCCUGUAUGUGGUGCCGCACAUGGACCUGUGGGUUCCUGCCAGGCACAGUGCCCCAGAACAACGGAAAGGGGGCACAUGGGGUUGGCCGGGUCAGCAGAAGGCUGAGGCUGCCACAGCCCCGGGCCCCAGAGCAGCCACAAGUCGGGCUUCAGGGGAGCACAGCCGUGUCCAGAGCCCACGUUCAGCCGACAGCCAGAAGCUGGGGGAAAAGGAGGUGCCCCUGGAGGCUGUGCUGCAGGUGCUCCAGGCCAACACAGCUGCCCAGGGCCAGGGGCUGAAAAAAGAAAGGCCACCUGCCCAGCCCAUCCUGGCACCAGGGCCCAGCACAGAGGCAAUCCCUGGGCCCCAUGGCCAGCUCCCGCGGCCCGUCUCAGUCCUAGAUGGGCAGCGUCACCAGAGACAGAGACACACCCUGCAGAGGAGGCUUCUCCUCCGCCGGCUCCUGAUGGCCGUGGGCCCAUGGGUGGGCGACAUCACCCUGUCCUGCACGCAAGCAUCCCGGAGGCCUGUGGCAGUGCAGACAAGAGCUGAUGUCAUCAGGAGGCAGCUGCAGGGCGCCCACCUCUCAAGCACACCAGUGUUUACCCUGCUGGUCCAGCUUUUCCAGAUCGAUGCUGACGGCUGCAUGGAGGUCAUCCGGGAGAGGAAGGCCCAGCCACCAGCCGAGCCGCCCCAUCUGCAGGUGCGGUCUCCUGGAGACCAUGCUGCUCUUGUGGGCGGAUCUCACCUGGUGGCCCCCUCGGCGCAGCCCUCCUCGGUGCAGCUGUCACUGUCCAGGUCCUCCAAGAGAGCUCUGCUGGGCCAGCAGCUCAUACGGGGCAGUGGUCCUUCCUCGGCUGCUCCAGGGCAGGAACCCGCAGGGCAGGCCACUGGCCCCACUGGCGGCAGGAGGCCAGGGCCCUGGCAGCCGGAGUCUGCGGGGCCACAAACCACCAGUGGCCCUCGGCCCAAACCCAAGACCGUGUCCGAGCUGCUGCGAGAGAAGAGGCUGCGGGAAGCCCGGGCCAAGAGGCCCAUGCUGAGCCCCAGGGCCCUCCCGCUCCAGCUGCUGGUCUCACCUGACGUGCCCCUGCCCCAUCUGCAGACGGCCCCCCAAGGAUCCCCAGCUGCUGGGCUGACCAUCUGCAGCCCUGCACUCCCAGGACCUAGAGGCCCUGUGGAGGCCAGCCCAGGCCCUGCUGGCCCCUUGCAGGGGGCACACGCCCUAGUCAAGGAAGAGGGACCUCAACCUCUUACCCUGGAGGCCACAGCCGGUCCCGCCACAGGGGCCAGCCGUCCAGCACCAGGCCCCAGCCAAGUAUUUGUCCUCAGCCAGCCCAGUAACCCAGGGCAGUCCCCGGCCCCCAGCACAUCGCAAAAGCAAGGUCUGCCCCAUCUACCGCCCCUCCUUCCUGCCUCCCCCAGCCCUGCACAGCUGCCCGGCCUCAACCUGGUAGCGACCCCAGUGCCAGCCAGUACUGCCCUGCCUGUCACCUGGGUACUCACACCUCAGGGCCUGCUGCCCGUUCCCGUGUCAGCCAUGGUGGCCGUGACUCCCGCCCCUCAGCAUGUCCAGACCUCUGCCGCUGGGGUGCCUCCCACCCUCCACAGUCCUGCAGUGGCGAGAGGGGACUUGGUCUCCACACCAGGACAGCUUUCUUCCCCUGGAGCACCCCAAGGGGUUGGAGAGACUUCUGUGCCCCAGCUACCUCCCUGUGAUGGCAGCGGUCCAGUGGGGACACGUGGGGACUCAGAGACAGCGGACCCUCUGUCCUCGGACAAGCCACCCUCACCCCAGCCGGGUCCCAAGAAAGGCCUCCUGGACAUGAGCCUCCUGACUGCAGAGGCCACAGAGGCCACACAGACCUGGCUGAGGGGGCACCAGGGAGGGUGUGUGUCACCCCUGGGGAGCAGGCUGCCCUACCAGCCCCCGGUGCUCUGCACCCUGAGGGUGUUAUCCAGCCUCCUGGUGCACAAACGAGCCCUCGAGAACAAGGCUGUCACCCUGGUGUCCAGCAGUGUGACGGGAAGCAGGGGGGGAUCCCUGGCUGAAGCCCUGCAGGCUGCCCGGGAGCUGGUGCGGACACAGUUGGGGGACAGCCCAGCCUACCUGCUGCUCAAGGCCCGCUUCCUGGCCACCUUCUCCCUACCUGCUCUCCUGGCCACCCUGCCCCCCCAUGGUGUCUCCACUACCCUGUCAGCUGCCACCCAGCUAGAGAGCGACAGUGACCCAGGGGAGCCCGAGUCCCCUGAUGAGGGCCACAUGGCCAGCAACCCUCCAGAGGGGCCACAGGCAGCGCCAGGCCCCAGCCAGGCCUCCGUCCCCUGCUGCCCCGACACCCUGGGCGACCUCCGUGUGCUCAGGUCACGGCACAGCCGGAAGCGGAGACGGCUGUCCUGA